AUGAAGGGUUUAUCAACGUUUGCUUUCGCGGCAGCUUUGCUCUCGACACAAUCAGAGGCCAUCAACUUAUACAAGCGGACGGAUGGACCACCGCAGGUUGUAGGCUUUCCAGUCCAACGAAGGGAGGUUCCGGAUCCAUUAUCAAGGGAUCGGCUGCGGCGGAGAACGGAAACUGUGCAGGCGACAUUAGACAAUGAGCAAACGUUAUACUUUGUCAAUGCAACCCUCGGCACCCCAGCACAGAAACUACGCCUGCAUUUAGAUACGGGCAGUAGUGAUCUUUGGGUUAAUACCCCCUCCUCGGCGAUAUGCAGGUCCAAGGGCAAUCCAUGUUCACUGUCCGGCACCUACACGGCGAAUUCCUCGUCGACAUAUUCAUAUAUCGCGAGCAACUUCAAUAUUUCAUACGUCGAUGGGUCGGGCGCGUCCGGAGACUAUGUAUCUGAUACCUUUACCAUUGGGAGCACAAAACUGUCACGGCUACAAUUCGGGAUCGGAUAUAACAGUUCAUCAUCACAAGGGAUCUUGGGAAUUGGCUACCAAGUCAAUGAGGUUCAAGUUGGCAGGGCCGGAGGGAAACCAUACAACAAUCUACCAGCACAACUGGUCGCUAAUAAACAGAUACGUUCGAAUGCCUACAGUUUGUGGCUGAACGAUCUUGAUGCGAGCACCGGAAGGCUUCUAUUCGGCGGUGUUGAUACGAGUCGAUACCAUGGCUCAUUGGAGACACUUCCUAUCCAGAAGUCGGGGAACACAUUUAGGGAAUUCCUCAUCACUCUGACCGACGUGUCACUGGGCUCCAUUGACAUUGCUAGUGACCAGGCCCUCGCCGUCCUCCUGGAUUCCGGGAGCUCCCUCACCUACCUGCCGGAUCCCAUGACAGAAGCCAUCUACCAACUGGUACAGGCGCAAUACGACACUGCAGCAGGCGCAGCGUACGUCCCAUGCUCUCUCGCAUACAACUCCACCACCCUCGAUUUCACCUUCUCCUCGCCCACCAUCUCCGUUCCUAUGAACGAGCUCGUGAUCCCAGUCACAUCAAGCUCCGGAAGGCCGGCCACCUUCGCGGACGGGACGGAAGCCUGCCUCUUCGGCAUAUCGCCUGCCGGGUCCAGCACAUCAGUGCUCGGCGACACGUUCAUGAGAUCAGCAUAUCUGGUGUAUGAUCUCAGCAAUAACGAGAUUUCCAUCGCGCAGACGAACUUUAACGCCACCAGCUCCCAUAUUUUGGAAAUCGGCACAGGCACCGCGUCUGUUCCAGACGCAUCGCCGGUUCCCAACGCGGUCAGCGCAUCGGCCGGGCUAGGAAGCGCGCAGACCGGCGCCGCGGCGACAACGACCUCUACAUCUACCUCGAAAGGAGGCGCGCAGCGGACGCCACCGCCGAUGAAAUUGGGUGCGAUGGCCGUUGGGGCGGGCGUGCUGUACGCGGCGAUGUAA